AUGUCAAAUUUAAGCCUUGUGACGACAUUCAUCCUCAUGGGCAUUCCCCAUGCACCAACCCUCGACUCCACCCUCUUUGGAAUCUUCCUACUGAUCUACAUUCUCACUGUGAUAGGGAACCUCCUCAUCCUGCUGGUAAUCAGGGGGGAUUCCCACCUCCACACUCCCAUGUAUUACUUCCUGGCUAACCUGUCCUUCAUUGACAUGUGGUUCUCUACUGUCACUGUGCCCAAAAUGCUGAUCACUUUAGUCUCCCCAGGAGGCAAGGGUAUUUCUUUUUACAGUUGUGUGAUUCAGCUCUAUUCCUUCCACUUCCUGGGCAGCACAGAAUGCUUCCUCUACACAGUCAUGUCCUAUGAUCGCUACCUGGCCAUCAGUUACCCACUCAGGUACUCCAGCAUGAUGAGUGGGAGAAUAUGUGCCCUUCUAGUCACCAGCACUUGGCUAAGUGGUUCUCUGCAUUCAGCUGUCCAGACAAUAUUGACAUUUCGUUUGCCCUACUGUGGGCCCAACCAGAUCCAACACUAUUUCUGUGAUGCACCACCCAUCCUCAAGCUGGCCUGUGCAGACACCUCUACCAAUGAGAUGGUGAUAUUCAUCAACAUUGGGAUAGUGGCCUCAGGCUGCUUCUUCCUGAUAGUACUUUCCUAUGUGUCUAUUGUCUGCUCCAUCCUGAAGAUCAGGACCUCAGAAGGGAGACACAAAGCCUUCCAGACCUGUGCCUCUCACUGUAUCGUGGUCCUCUGUUUCUUUGUUCCUUGUGUUUUUAUCUAUUUGAGACCAGGCUCCAAGGAAGCUCUGGAUGGGGUGGUGGCAGUAUUCUAUACUGUGCUGACACCCCUGCUGAAUCCUAUUGUGUAUACUUUGAGGAACAACGAAGUGAAAAGAGCUCUGCUUAAACUGAAAAGUGGGUCAGUAUUCAUCCAGAACAAAUAG